AUGGGAGUCUGGGCAGCACACAGGGGCAUACACUCUCUGCGUCCUCCCUUCCUUCCCCUUCAGAACGUGCGCUUCCUGUCACAAUUCAUCUCUGAAACCGGCAAGAUCAAGCCCAGAAACAAGACUCGGCUGUCUGCCAAGGCGCAGCGCCGCAUGGCUCGGGAAAUCCAAACCGCGCGGGUGUUUGGGCUCAUGCCGUUCACGCAGGCGGGCCGCCCGCCGUUUAAGUUCGGCAAGGACCCGAACCUGGAGUCCAGGGAGCCGGACAGGGAGGAGCUUGACCUGGCAGCUGCUGUUGUGGGGGACGAUGAGCUCAAGGCCAUCGCUGGGAGAUAG